AUGAAGAUGGCGGACUUCGUCUGUCCUUCCGACACAUUCCAGGCAUACCCUCCACAUCUACGGACCACCUUCUCUCAAGAAGACCGAUUCAGAUUUACCCCCGUCAAAGCUACCAGAGCCGCCCCCCGUCCCUGGGAACGCAAACCAUCAACCGCAUUCCGCGCCCGCGGCAAGUCGCGUAAGGUCUGGAAGCGCUUUCGCACUUCAUUUAACAGCAUGAAAGCUCUGCAGCAAUUGAUUGCGGCAGAGCGUCACACCGUCGACGACGACUUACAUUUGGAGAUCAACACAUCGCGGAACCCCGGCCUCCGCCGCGGUGUCAAGCGCAGGUGUUUCGCUCUGGAAGCGGACGCCUUGGAGGAUAGUGUGCGCGGGCGCUCGUUCUUGGAAACACAGUGGGAGUCCGAGGUUAAUGGACGGCGACGCAAACUUCCCCUAAUCUACAGUGACUUUGUCGACAUCCCCGAUGAGCCGGUUGAAAACGACAGCCUACAACCAGAAGAGUCGUGUGACGAUGUGAAGGACGACCAGGAAGAGCCCACGUCGACGUUGGAGGAAGAGCUCGCGGAGAACCCUGCCGAUAUGGACGAAUCCCCCAGCCUGAUCCCGGAAACCCCCACUAAAUUGGCGUCCGACGCAGCCUAUAGCCGCUCGCUACAUGGCCUGUCGCCGCUAGUGGUUGGUGGCAUGGUGUUCGGCACUCCAGACUUAAGAACCCGCGAGGACGUCGAACAGCCGACUGUGCAUCUGUCCGACGCAAUUGAAGACGAACCUACGACUCCGCAGGAUGAUGGCCAUGAUGAAAGCACGGUUUCUACGAUGAUCGGUGAAGAGCACACCGACGAAGAGCCGACUAUGCCUGUCGACGUAGAAACUCUAGACGAACCGGCCGCGGCUACGGUCGCUGCACCUGUGCAGGAAUUAACGAGUGCGCAGGAGUCAACGCUCGUUCGGUCGGCACUCCGAAGCUCAUUGGACGGAGAAGAUACUGAAUUGCUCAACAACUUCUUGUCCAAGGCCAAAGCUAAGCGCGAGGCCAAAGCCGCUAUGGUCACCCAGGAGCAGGAGCCUGAAAAGAGUGAGCCUGAACCGGAGGUGCCGGUUGUUGUUGCGUCUCCCACACCGGCGCGCCGCGCGUUGGAGGACCUUGACACCAACUCGCCCUCACCGCAGAAGCCUCAACCGUCGCCUACGAAGGAGAAAGAUGAGGCCAGUCCGCAGCCAUCUAGCCCUCGACGCAGCACUCGACCUCGCACCGUUCGCUCUUCCAACCUGUUGACAACCAUUACCGCUGCAGCUGCAGUACGCAACACACUGUCACUCCGCCGUGCCAAGGGCACAGAAUUCGUCUUCUUGCAGCGCACCGAGGCCCAGGAGCUGGCCCUUACGACGCGGCGAAACACGCGACUGAAUAAGGGCAAUGCACAGGCACCGAAGUUCGUUUUGCAGGGUCUCACACGCAAGUCGCCAUCUGGGAAGAAGGCCGACACCGCCCCUUGCACAGAUAGCGAGACGACAGGAGACGUCUCGGAGCGACCACACAAAACGGCAAAGAAGCAUGUGUCGUGGAACGACGAGGAACUGGUGCAGUUCGACGACGGAUCAGAGGCAGCAAAGGGCGACGAGCAUGACGUUGCGAGCCGCGGAAGCAAGGGCAAAACCCCCGAGAAAAGAAAGGCAGCCAGUAGCCGAACAACGCGGUCUCAAGUGGCGCAGAAGAGUGGUGGGGAGGAUCGCGCCGAUGCAGCGGCUACUGCACCCGCUACUGCAACGCCUCGGACGCGGCGCGUGCGCCGGCUGGGUCCCGGAGCACCCAAAGCCGACUCGACGGCUGCAACAGCCGUCAGCAAUGUUUCCCUGUCCUCUCCGUCGUCGCCCAGCAGCGACAACAGCGCGAGCACGGCCGAGCAGCGCAAGAAGCUGACCCCCAAGUCGCCGAGGCGGGUCCCGGCGACGCCGUCGAAGCCUGCAAGCGACAGCAUCAAGACAUCACUCCGCAGCAGUAGCGCGAAGACCAACCUGCUGAAGAUCAACGCUGGGUCGACGCCAGUGCCUCGGAAGAUGCGUCCGCGCGCGUGA